AUGCCCGGUCGCGUUCAGAACAAGGGUGCCCUCAUUACUGGUGCCGGAUCUGGCAUUGGGAUGGAGUCUUCCAUCCUCUUUGCAUCCGAGGGCGCCGACGUCCUCCUCGUCGACAUCAACCUCGCCGCUGCUGAGAAGGUCCUUGCGCUCAUCAAGGACCGCUUUCCCAACGUCAAGGCCGCCGCAAUCAAGGCUGAUGUGGGCAAGGAGGCCGAUAUUAAGGCUGCCGUCGACAAGGCCGUUGAGCUCUUUGGCCGUCUUGACAUCAUGUUCAAUAACGCUGGAAUCAUGCACCCCGAAGACGACAACGCGCUGAACACUGAGGAGCGCAUCUGGGACCUCACUAUGUCGAUCAACGUCAAGGGCGUCUGGUGGGGCUGCAAGUACGCCAUCCUCGCCAUGCGUAACAACCCUGCGGACCCCGCGCGGGGUCUCCAGACUGGCGGCAGUAUCAUCAACACCGCGUCCUUUGUCGCCAUCCUUGGCGCGGCGACGCCCCAGCUCGCAUACACCGCGUCCAAGGGCGCGGUGCUCGCGAUGACCCGCGAGCUCGCCAUGGUCCACGCCCGAGAGGGCAUCCGCCUCAACUCGAUCUGCCCCGGGCCCCUCAAGACGCCGCUCCUGAUGGACUUCCUCAACACGGCCGAGAAGCGCGACCGGCGGAUGGUCCACCUGCCGAUGGGCCGCUUCGGCGAGGCGGUCGAGGUCGCGAAGGGCGCGCUCUUCCUCGCGAGCGACGACAGCAGCUACAUGACGGGCACGGACUUGAAGGUCGACGGCGGCCUUACCUCGUGCUACGUAACCCCGCUCGGCGAGCCCGUGCUGCCCCCUCCUUCUUCCCUCGCGUAA